CAGCAUCUGGUCACACUAAUCUUUGACGUACAAAAACUAUUUGAUUUAUUCGUAAGUUUUUGAGCUAAGAACCAUGAAAGUGCUUGUGACAGGCGGCACCGGCCUGGUGGGGAAAGCCCUUCAGACGGUCAUCAAGAAUCAGGACGAGGAAUGGUACUUUGCUGGCUCCAAGGACGCCGAUUUAACAAAUCUGGCCGCCACGCAGGCACUAUUUGCCCGAGAGAAGCCUACGCAUGUUAUCCACCUGGCCGCCAUGGUCGGAGGUCUGUUCCACAACAUGAACAACAACCUCGACUUCUUGCGCAACAACCUGCUGAUUAACGACAAUGUCCUGCAAACGGCCCACGAGCAGGGGUGCGUCAAGGUGGUUUCAUGCCUGUCCACCUGCAUUUUCCCGGACAAAACCACGUACCCCAUUGACGAGACAAUGGUCCACAACGGCCCACCGCACCCCUCUAACUACGGCUACUCGUAUGCCAAGCGAUUGAUAGACGUGCAGAACCACGCCUACCAUGACAAAUACGGCCGACUGUACACCUCUGUGAUUCCCUGCAAUAUUUUCGGGCCGCACGACAACUACAAGCCCGAGGUGAGCCAUGUGAUUCCGGGCAUGAUCAACCGCAUGCACCAGCUCAUCACCGAGAAUCCGGAGGUGCCGCAGAACGAAAAGGUAUUCACGGUAUUCGGCAGUGGAAUGCCUUUGCGACAGUUCAUUUACUCGCUGGACCUUGCCGAGCUCAUGAUAUGGGUGCUGAGGAGUUACGAUAGCGUCGAGCCCAUUAUCCUCAGUGUGGAUGAGUGCCAGGAGGUUACCAUCUUUGAAGUGGCCAACGCCAUAGCCAGUGCAUUUAACUUUAAGGGAAAACUUGUCUGUGAUACGACGAAGGCGGAUGGCCAGCACAAGAAGACUGCCUCCAAUGCCAAGCUUCGCACCCAUCUGCCCAACUACCUAUUUACGGACUUUGAAACGGCCAUUAAGGCGUCGGUGCAGUGGUACAAAGAUAACUACGACGAGGCCAGAAAAUAAUUCCAAUCGGCGAGCUUUAGAAUUGUAAAUAGAUCCCUUCUGUUCGCAGCAUGUUUUUUGUACGCCUUUUUAUGUCCAACAAUAUAACAAAUGCCUAAUGUGA